AUAUAUUCAAAACCGUGUACUUAAACUCCUGAAGGAAUACUACAGACGGACUGUGGUGCUUCGCUGUGCUGUUGACCGGUAAGAAGCCCAACAUCGCCAUCGUGCGGCCGAGCGGCGUCACCACGUCACCUGCCACUGCUCAAAGAUGGUUGCCAUUAGCAACCCAGCAACUGAAACUCGGAGAUACUUUCUUUUAAAGUUGUACUAACCGAGCAUUCAGUGAAUAAAUAACCGUUUGUCUACGCAAGCUUUACCCUUUAACUGCUUUUGCUCAUCAUGGCAACUCCACAGAGAAAUACAGAAAAUUUCAGGAAGGAGGGAAACACGAUGGAGCAUAUGGACAAUAUUCAGACGUCACUGGAGAAACUAAGAUUUUCUGCAGAGGAUAUGACAGGGACAGAGAUGCUGCGGUCCAGGAUAGAUGAACAGUCAAAUCUGAUCUGCAUACUGAAAGAGAGAGCAGAUGAUCAGCUUGUUCGAUAUCAAGCCCUGCAAAAAAUGAAUGCGGAGCUGGAGGACAGAGCGACAGAGCACCAGAAAGAACUGGCCGAAGAAAGAAUGAAGGCAGAGAUAUUAGAGAAGAGAUUUAUGGAUUUAGCUGAAAACAAUCAAGCAAUUAUUGCUUUCAUGUAUGAGUACAAAAAUCAAAAUGCCCAGUUAAAAAUGGAAAACAAACAGCUGCAGGCCAAAAAUGACACACUCCUCUCUCAAAAAUCACAAGAUAGUGACAUGAUUGUUCAAAAACUGAUGCAAGAAAUGAAACAACUGACAGAAAAAUACACAAAUAAAGAAACUGAAUAUCAGGUGACAUUAGCUGGAUGGCAGUCAAAACUCCUGGAACAAGCAACUCAACAUCAAGCCAAGGAGGCAUCCGUACUUGAGCAAUUGCAUGAUGCUCAGCAACAGCAAAGAGAGGCUGUGGAGAUGUACAGAGACCAGAAGCUGAAACUCCAACAUGCUGAAGAAGAGCAUGCACUGAAGGAGCUCAACAUGAGAGAAAGGAUAACAAGCCUCACCAAAGAGAAGGAUAAAUUAUUAUCAGUGUCUUUGGAAAGAGGGAGAGUGAUACAGGAAAAACAAGAGGAAAUCCAGCAGCUGGAGAAAAAAUGGAAAGAAGAAAGAAAAGCCUGGGCCAAAGCAGAGGACAGGUUUGAACAGGAAGCAGAAGCUGUUAAUGCAGAUGUAAGAGUCAAAUCUCUCCAGUCUGCUCUUGAUGAAUCAGUGACAAAAUAUGAGAAACUAGAAAAGGAUUUCGAAGCCUUCAAAGAGCACAGCACCAACCUCCUUACACAGGAAAGGGAGCUGAAUAAGAAACUCAGACACAUGAUAGGCUAAACCUUAGAAGUAUAAAAGGGAUGUUUUCUUGCAAAUGUGACUUUUAAUGAAAUCAAAUACUUUUCACCAAGAAUAUUUGUUCACUAACAGUGGUGCCAGCUCAGAAAAAAGGAAGCAAACCAGAACAAAAAAAUAUACUGUACUGUAGGAUCUGCAAAUGAAGAAAGACAACUUGACAACUUAAAAAUGUUUCUGCAGCGUAUAGGAACACUAUGAAUGGGUGUCAUUUACCACAGAGCAAAUUAAUGUGGUGAACUUUGCCAAGCUGUCAUUCAGUGGUAGUUGCAAUGUUGCACUGUGCAACAUUCCUUUGUGUCAGAAAAUCUCCUCUAAUUACUUCUUGCUUGGAGCGUCGCAGUACAAGCCUCUUCACCUGAAGCACAGCAGGAAAAAGCUCCAUGAAUCUUACACCAGUCUGCACAGGACCAACCCCAGAAGCAUGUCAAAAGGUCACUUAGACAAGUGAAGGAUCAGAUGGUCAUUUUUAGGUUCUGUGAGGUGAAAUACCACCUGAAAGUUUUGUAAAUCAUCUUUUGAAAUAUAAGUUUCAUGUCACUCACCUUUUGAGUGUAACCCCCUUCUAAUAAGAAAAAUAUAUUAAAUAAAUAAAAGAAACUAUAUCACAACGGAACAACACAAGAUAUUCUACAUUUAGGUAACUAACAGAUCAUUGUUUGAGCAUACUGUGAGGCCGUCAUUGCUUAAAGUCUUUCUAUACUAUUUGUGGACCCUUUAUCUUUUGUUGAUUGCAGUAACGUUAGCUCGUGUCUUAGAAGGGUCUCGUUAAGGUUUUUUGAGAACGUUUUGAUUAUGCACUGUUUCUUAUGUGUAACAGAACACGAUCUGAUUGCUCUUUUUCUAGCAGCUCUUCACUGGUCACCAUUGCUUUGCAAUUUUAGAACUAAUUUAGAAAGUUUUUACCUUUCAACCUUCCUUUCUCAAGGGAGUGCUGUUAUGAUGAUUCCAAAAUCAAGGGCAGAGGCCAAAGGUGACCAGGCCUUUGCUUUUGCCUCUAAACCUUAAAACACCACACCUGUGGAAUUUAGGCUGCCAUCAAUUUCACUUUCUCAUCACCUCUUGAUGUUGUUGCCAUUUUUCCAAGUGCUGUUUUCUUUAAGUGUAACCAUAGUGUGUAAAUGUAUCUACUAGCUAUUACUUCUGCUGGCAGUUAAUAACAUUGCCCUGACGAUUGUACUUGGAGUAAUUAAAAUUCCAAACUGAGCCAACACGUUACC